UGCAAGGAAACAAAGUUGGCCAUGGGGGGCCGUGGCCAAUGGAGAGAAAUCGAUCGCGAGUCCUGAAAAUGGACCCUUUUCAGCCGAAGUAUCAACAGUUGUCAUAGAUUUUACUCCCACCGAGCAAAUAUGUGGUCCCCUACGUUUGCUCUUUCGGGUCCUCUACGCUCAGUUGACCCGGUCAAUUGGCGUGUUUACGUGAAAAGAGAUUCAAGGAGACAUUCAUAUAAAUGCCAUCUUUAGUUUGAACCACUGAAGCCCCUUGUGUCUCUGCUAUAUGCCACAAAAGCUCUCCUGUUUCUGUCUGUUCUUUGUGCUUCUAUUGUUCCCUCCAAAAUUCCUGAAAAUGGGUGUCGAAAGCUCCAUGAGUUCCAAGGUUUUGCUUCGCCUUGUCAUUAGCGUUUUGACGAUCAUCUCUUUGGAAGACUGGGUUGCAUCGGAGAGCUUGAAAGAUGGACAUUGCGAGGGUGGUAAGUGCGGUGACGUCAUCAAAGAUUGUUACUUCUGGAACGACACUAAACCAUGUCCUAAUUUUCACAGCGAGUGUCAUGAGAAGCCAGUGUUUAACCUAAAACCUAGUUUUGGGGAGUAUGUUGUCGAUUAUGAUAAUCAAACUCUUAGGUCGAGCUCGGAGUUUGAGAGAACUGGCAAUGCUUGUUUCGCUCCAAUUGAACAUUCUCCCAAACCGUCCGGUGGAUCUGAUACUCAUGUUUCCAGAUUUAAACUGCCCUCCUCUCUCAAAUCCGAUGAGAGGCCUUCAUACCUAGCAUUUCUCCAUUAUUGCAGCAGCUCCCCAAAUGUUGAUUAUCUAAAUCCUCACUCGACUUGCCCCUCCGGUGGCGCCAACCGCUCUUAUGUCGCUCUUAUAGUAGACAUACAAGAAGUCCUAUAUCUUAAUCUGUCAGUGUGCCAGAGUCAUGUUAUUGUACCUGUUGAAUUAGAAAGAAAGGACAGAGAUAAACCAGAAAAUGUUGACUCUGACGACAAUUUGAAGGACGGGAUAAGACUGAAAUGGAAUUUAACCUCCUGGGAGAGUUGUGUUAAAUGCAAAGAAAGUGGAGGCAAAUGCAGGGAACCGGAUGGAAGUUUUCAGUGCUUCUGUUCUGGUAAAGCUUAUCCGCGUACUUGCAAAAGAGGAAACAACCAGGCACGUUUGAAGAUUGGAUUAGGUAGUGGAAUCGGUGCCUUGGCCAUUAUUUGUCUCUGUUUGUGCAUCUAUAGGAUUCGCUACAGACAACAGCAUUCCUUCUUAAAAUUCCGCUCAAGACAUGCUUCUUCCAAAUCUUCCUUGAAAGCAGAUCUUGAAGUGGGCAAUGUAUACUUCGAGGUCCCCAUUUUCACCAAUGGCGAGCUUGAAGAAGCUACUAACUAUUUCGAUUCUGCCCGGGAGCUCGGAGAUGGAGGUUUUGGAACCGUGUACUUUGGCAAACUUCGAGAUGGCCGGGAAGUAGCUGUUAAGCGUCUAUACGAGCGCAACUAUCGGCGGGUGAAGCAGUUCAUGACUGAAGUCCAAAUCCUUACUCGCUUGCGCCACAGAAACCUCGUCUCUUUAUACGGCUGCACUUCACAGCACAGCCAUGAACUCCUGCUGGUCUAUGAGUACAUCCCGAACGGCACAGUAGCCGAUCAUCUACAUGGGGAGCGAGCGAAGCAGGACCCUCUCCUGUGGCCUACUCGUAUUAGCAUCGCCAUAGAAACGGCCACCGCAUUGGCUUACCUUCAUGCGUCUGACACAAUCCACCGUGACGUGAAGACUAACAACAUCCUCCUUGACAAUAACUUUAGUGUCAAAGUAGCGGAUUUCGGCCUUUCUCGGCUGUUCCCCAACGAUGUGAGCCACGUGUCAACCGCUCCUCAGGGGACUCCGGGUUAUGUGGACCCCGAGUAUCAUCAGUGUUACCAGCUUACGGAAAAGAGUGAUGUCUACAGUUUUGGGGUAGUAUUAGUGGAACUCAUAUCGUCCAUGCCAGCGGUUGAUAUAAGCCGAGACAGGCACGAGAUUAAUUUGGCCAACUUAGCGACUAGCAAGAUACGGAACCGUGCGUUCCACGAAUUGAUUGAUCCAAAUCUGGGGUUCGAGUCGGAUCCCGAAAUCAAUAGGAUGAUCAUGGCAGUGGCCGAGCUGGCUUUCAGGUGCUUGCAACAGGACAAGGACUUGAGGCCCUCCAUGGGGACUGUCCUGGAGGAGUUGAAGGCGAUUUCGAGUGGGACACAUGAGCCCGACAAGUCUAAGGAUGUGAGCGAUGAUAACAGCGCUGGUCAAGGCAAGAACCCGCCUCCUUCGCCGGAAUGCGAUGAUGCGGGGCUGUUGAAGAAUAUGAAGUCGCCGACUUCACCUGUUUCCGUGACUCAAAAAUGGGGAAGCAGUGGCAGUUCUUCUGUACAUAGUGGUUGACACAUAGUCGGAUCAGUUCUCUCAUGCAAUUUUCCCUUCUCCAUCUUGGCUUAAAGUUUUCUUGCAUUUCGUUAAUGGUUUCUAGCUAAUAUUAUACACAAUGUAGAUGAUAUAGCAGGCGAUCAAGUUUUCCAUUUUUGUCAUCAUUUUUCUGCUUCUACAUGUCAGCACUUCUAUUGAGGCUGGAGGACGAUUUGAUGUAAAUACUACUUAGUAAAGAGCACUUUCCUAAGAGUACGAAUAAAGGAUUGUACACAUA